AUGUUGCUAACGGGUUUCCUCUACAUGCUCAAGUCGAUCGUAAUGAUAAUGAUAGAGGACACCUCGAACUCAACUAAAUUGACCGUAUCGAAUCUGCCUUUCCGCGUGGAAUACGGCCACAAAGUAGACCAACAUUUCUACCCGAUAUUGCUACACGGUUAUUUAACGGUAUUUUCUCACGUGACUGCCACAGUCUCAGCAGAUACUUUGUACUUUACUUUGAUCCAGCACGCCUGCGGAAUGUUCUCAGUUGUCGGACAUUCGCUGGAACAUAUUGGCAAAGAUAACGACGGCAAUUUUAAUUUGAAUCCCGAGAAAAUGGAAGAUGGCAAUUACAAAAAAGCCUUGGGCUGUCUGCGCAGGCAUCUCCAUGUGAUAGAAUUUGCGGAACUAAUCGAGUCAACAUUCACAAAUAUCUUCCUGGUCAGUGUGAGCUUAAAUAUGAUUGGUGGCAGUAUAUGCGGUAUACAGGUGCUGAUGAACUUAAACGACGCGAAAGAUAUCGUCGCACCAUUUGCUAUAUAUAUCGCUCAACUCACCCAUAUGUUCUUGCAAUUCUGGCAAGCCCAAUUUUUGCUGGAUUACAGUGUCCUUCCGUACGAGUCAAUGUAA